CAGCCCUGGAUGUUUUCUAUUUGAACGCUAGGUCGAUAACUAUUUUUAAUCAGGGCUGGUGCGAGACUAUCGAACAACCCUCCACAGUGGUCUAUCCUCGGCAUCACAAACAAGCCAAGAAGCUCGCCUCUACACUGCUGCAAAACAGCUCAAGCCCCCAGCAAAAAGAGCUGCUUCUAGUGCUUAGCCUCGAGACCAGCCGUUCGUUAUCUGAAAGAACGCCUGGUCAAGUUCCAAUGUAGCACUCGUUCUAUGGUCCAGGAAUUUCUUGGACCGAUAAUUGCCCGCAACAAGCAACGGCAGCUAGCUAGCUUGGACCAUUCAACGUACUUGCUGCCUGUACUGUGAGACACUAUGAGUGUAGCUAUAGCUCAUCAGAAAAUGGACCAUUACACUUGCUGCCUGUGUAAAUCAACGCUUCCUAGUGAUAAGAGGACAAGGAGAAAACUGCAUGGAGAAAGUUGCAAGGAAGUAAAAGAGCAAUUACAAGGCAUCUCAGUUGUUCCAUUGGCCAACUUUGAAGAGACAAGUGACCCAACUGCAUACUUAUGCCGCAAAUGUGAGCAACAGGUCAUAUCCUUUGGUAAUUGGACUGCAAAAGCAACUGCACUGAAGAAAUGUAUUGAAACUCUUCUUUCUCAGCUACAUUGCACUCGAAAAAGAUCCAUUUCCGCAGAUGCUCAGUCAAGUACGCCAAAACAACCACGUUUAUCACUAGGCCCUAUUAGGCCUAGCAGUUCAUAUAUUCCUCCUGCAGAGAGUCAGAAAUCCCCAGAUGUCAAGGUUAGAAUCAAUUACAAAUCCGGACCAAAAGAACUCAAGAUAUGCACUCCUGCGAGGAAAACAGGCAUCAAACGUUUUGCACGGAAAAGUUAUAAGUCACUGGCAUCAACUAUGGUCAAUUCUAAGGAUACUUUGAAACCAAUUGUCUCGGAAGUGUGUCUUAAAAUUAAAAAAGAGAUGAAAAGCCUUAGCUCUGACCAAUACGACUCCAUUUUAAGGGACAGGAUUGAAGCAGUAAAGUGUUUCAGCUGGGAAACAGUGAUUUUGGAUAUGGAAAAAAUGAUUCCUACUCUACUUUCUUUAUUGAGACAAGUAGUUCCACAACCAGCUAAGCAUAAACCAUUGAUUUGUUUCUUAGCAUCCCUACUAAUAAAGUCGCGACACAAGCGCAUGGGGCUGGUACAGCGUGCAACUUCAAUCAUGUUGUAUGGAAAUGGAUCUAACAAACAGAUCUACAUGAACCUUCAGCCUCUCAACAUAUGUUUGUCUUAUCAAGGGACACUCAAUCUUGUGGAAGCAAUCAGUGAGGGGUAUGAUGUGGCUGUUGAAUAUUGGGGAGAUGAAUUAAAAGAGAAGUUAACGUCACUUGAGCAAGUUGAUGGGUGUAGCUCAAUCCCAAUCACUCACCGAAAGCUUGCACCAGCCUUUUUAAGGGAUAAUGACGACGACUCUGACUCUGAUAGUCACAAUUAUGCCCCAGAUUUCAGUCCUUUGUCGGAUAUGGAAUUUGAAAAUUUUGAAUUGUUUUCUGAAGAUAGUUCAUGUGAUGACACACACGAUGUUCAAGCGAAAGAUAACGAAGCUGACAGUAAUGACUCAGAAGUGCAGCAAACAGAUGAUGAUGACGAUUCGUUGUCCGGACAAGAAGAUUUAGAUCCCACACAAGCCGAUUCGUCAUGGAAUGGCUUCAAGAUCGUGGGUGAUAAUAUUGAUAAAAAUAUCAAACCAUCUUUUCAGCGUCACGAAAUUAAAGGAAAAUCCCUCCACUAUUUUCAUUCGUACGCAGUGAAGGAUAGAGUGGACCUAUCUUCCCUCAGUGAUACUACUCCAGAAAUAUGUGACCCUGACCCAAGCAUGCUUGUGCCGUGUGCAGACGAUAUAUCUUGCAUAUUGAAAGAAAUAGAAAUUCUUCUGUCCAGGGUUAUUGUUCAGCACAUGGAAGGAUACAAAGAUCAAGCAACGAAAAUAAUAUGGCAUAUACAAAGCAAGCAAAACAAGGAGAUGGCUCUAAAGUCUCUAGUGGUGCCACUUGGGGUACUCCUUCACAAUGAAAAUAAGCUUAAUGAAAUGUGUAAGAUCCUGGAACACUGUGUGAAGUUUGUUCCUACCCGACCAGCUGAAGGAAAGUACAUUCUUCCUAAUGGGAGUAUACUCGACUUUGAUGAUACACGAUUCUUCAAAAUACUUCUUGGUGGCGACCAACUAACAGUGGCCAGAGUACGUGGUGCCCAAGCACUUCGAAUGUCACAAGACAAGGCUAAAGACCGACUAGAAGGGAUCGUUCCAGUAGUCGAGGAUUGGCAUGCCAGAAUGACACUCAUGAAGACUAUAUGGCAACGGCUUUAUUCUGUGAAGUCAUCACGGGAUAAAGGGACUAUGUACCAACUGAGAAAUUUGAUUAAUAGGACAUCUGUACCAACUGAUCCUUGUGACAACAUGAACUCUGCUGAAGAUUACUUCUUGCUGCUGGUGCAUACACAUGCCAUUGCUGCUGCAAAGGAAAUACUUUCAUACACCUCGAUGGAUUCAGUUUCAGAUCUUGCCAAAGCAAUCACAACCAACUUUACAUACGUUUCACAUCUAGAUUUUUCUCAGCAAACUACUGAAAAACAGAAGACAGUAGAUGAUAGUGUACAUUUAUACGCAGUUGAACUAUUGACCCUAGGAUUGUUGUGGCAUGGCUUCCAUGAUGCCAUCAAAGAGGGUGAUGGGGAACGAAUCAUGAGGUAUUGGAAGUUUUUGUUAAUUCUAUUUAAGUCGACCAAUCACCCCAAUUAUGCUAAAGAGGCAGUGAAUUUGUUGCUGCAAUACAACUACUUGUUUUCUGAAAGGCAAAAGUCUCAACUUCUUUGGAGUAGAUGCGUAAAUACACGAGGGCUCCCUGGAACCAACAUUCCGUGUGAUCUUCACAUGGAACAUCUUAACAGAAGACUAAAGACAGUGCUAAGGAAUAUGGGAGCAAAUGUCAACGACAAAACCGUUACAAAAGCUGGGAAGUGUAUUGCUGUUGUGCAACGUGUCUGUCAAGCUUUUGAGGAACAAACUUCUUCUACGGCCUCACGCUCUGACAAUCACCCCUACCCUAAAUUUGGGAAGGACUUUGACAUGGUGCUGAACGUUCUCGAACAAGAAAGAGUCUUUACGUAUACAGCAAACAGAAAACAUGAUACUUUCAGUUUUUCUAAAGGACUACUCGUAAAACUAUCUAAGAAGCAGCUUCUCAAUAAAGUCCAGACUAGCAUUGACCAGAUAUAUUUGGUGUAACGAACAGUCAAUUUAUGUCCUCUAUCAUUGUUAUUAUUAAUAUGCAAAA